UUCUCAUCAUAGGCUCGUCCUCUUUUGAUCAUUCAUAUAAAAGUCACUGAAAGGGUUUGUGAUUUUAUUCACCUCCUGACUGACCAAAGAUGGAACUGAAAAUCUUCAUUGUUCUCUUCUGCGCUCUUUUCACUGGAGGACAUUCACUCCAAUGUUAUGAGUGUUCAGGUCCAAUAGGUUCUUGUGCAAGCAACGUGAUGACUUGUCCGGACACUGCGGCAUGUGCAAAUACAAGAAUUGUACAGUUUGCUGGUGGCAAUAAUGGUACAAUGCAGUAUAAGGGUUGUAAAAUGAUGGAAAGUUGUAUAAGUGGAUCUGUUAACAUUGGAGAUACAAGGACAGUUAUAUCUACACAGUGCUGUAACACAGACCUUUGUAAUAGUGAAUAUGCCCCAGAUUACAGCUGUAACAAGCCCAAUGGAAAACAAUGUUACUACUGUAAUGAUACGAGUUGUUCAAACAAAUUAGACUGUUUAGGAAAUGAAGACUACUGCAUUAAAGCUACACCAACUAAUACGUCUGUGUCUCAGACUGUUAAAGGAUGUGCCUCUAAAUCUGUCUGUGAUGCGAAAGCACAAUUGACUUUAGAUUACACAAGCUUCUUAUGCUGUGAGAGAAAUCUGUGUAACACUGCUAAGAGCGUCACACAGAAUCUCCUCUUUCUCUUAUGGCCGCUCUUCUUCUACAUCCUGAUCCACUGAAUUCAGCAGAACAUCACUCUCUACAGCAGUAAUGUGAGAUAUUGUGGUGGGAUGUCGGAGCCGAUGGUGUAGUGGACAGUGCUCCGACAUAUGGUGCAAACACACGUUCGGCGACCCGAGUUUAAAUCCCGGCUCGAGGUCCUUUGCCGAUCCCAUACCCCUCUCUUCACCCUGUACUUUCCUGUCACCUCUCCAUUACUUACUAUCAAUAAAGGCAAAAUGGCCCAAAAAAAUAAGAUAUUGUGGUGGGAUUAGAAAAAAAACUAUGUUUUAUGAUUUAUGCAUCUUAUCACUGCAACAGCAGUAUGUGAUAUAUUUUGGGUUAAAAAGCAAUGUUUUAUUUAAUAUAGCUCAAUCAUCAUUUUAUUUUGUGGUGUUAUAUUGUUAGUAAAAAAAUAUAUACUGCAAACAGAGAAAACAUUAAAUAAAAUAUAACCACAACA